GUCCACAAGCAGGCUUGCGCUGAUUCAAAACGUUUGAUACUCGCGGAGUUGCACUUUCCGGGAAAACAAAUGUGUGAAGUCACUGAAGAAAAGCUAUCGGAGCGAGAAAUUCGUGAGUAUUUCCGCAAGCUAUUAUGUACACAGAAGGAUACUCUAAGCGAAUCGAAUCCUAGCGCACAUGCCAGUUGUCAAUCGCCUCGCCAAAAACGUCAGAGAAAGAAGAGCAUUCAUCUGGACGGCAGUGAUUCAGAGAUCUACCGAUUGAGCCGCUCUAAAAGUAGUCCCUUUCUCGCUUAUUCGUCCUCUUCUCAGCUCUUGUUUUUUUCUGAUUCCAACAUCGAACCAGACUCCGAAUCUGAAGCCAAUACGAGUAGCGCAGUUCCAAGAGAAAAGUGCGGAAACGCUUCGAACUGCCUAUCUGCCACAAUCCCCAGAGGGUGUAACAAUCAGUUACUUGUACUCUCUGGGACAGAUCCAUCCUUUGUCCAUUCUGUAGAACAGCAACUUGAGGGAGUGUGACGAAAUGCAGACUGGAGGUCUAUUGAACUUUGUAGAUUGUAACGAUUCCAUCUUUUCCAUUACCUUUCACCAAUUCAUUGCCAGUGCCAUGAAACAACCAAGUCUUUGUCAAUUGUGUCUUGCGUUGUAAUUGUGUAUUCUUGCUGU